UUAAAUACUUGCAAAAUGUUCCAAAACGCCUUCUUUUUGCCUACUUUUGAGACUCUUACGUCUCUUGAAGCAGGCUUUAGCUGUCUUUGGCAACGAGGCCUGGAGAAGCUUGCUUUGGAAUCGAGGUGUGUGUUUCUGUUAGUUUUUCUAAGGUAGAUGUUUCUGUUUAGUUAAAGUGCCUUUAUUCUGGAAUACAAAGUAUAAUGUAUUUAGCCUUGUAUGCGUAAUGUCACUUAUCUAUUGGGUUGAAACAUUGUGCAUUUUCUGCUUCCAAGAAAGUACAAUGUCGUUUUAUAAACUCUUUCAGAGAAAAAAUUCGUGACUGACUUAGAUCGGCCUAAGUCACAUAUAAUAUAGACCAGGGCUCUUAAGAAUUUCGCGUGCUGUGCCAAAAAAACACGUGGAUUUUCUUCGGGGACCCCUGAGUUUUCAGCUUUUACAUAGCUUGUGUUAAUAAAGCUGUUCAAAUUGAAAUGCAGAUCUAAUACGUACCAGAUUAAGUUAGAGAUAAGAUAGGCAGGCCUAUUAUUCCGUAUUAGAUUCAAUAUUUAUAGAAUCUAUUCAGCGUGCUUUUUUCAUGAAAUGACUCUUGGGAAGAUAAGGGAUAAUAAGGAGGGAGGGAGGCCAAUGAUAUAAUUGAAGGACAUGGUGCUGGGUGGAGGCUGGCGAGAUUUGCUCAAUGUGCAACAUACGACGGAUUCUCAGGCCCAAUGCAAGAGGCAUGGAUUUCAUGAGCGCAGGGAGAUAGGGCUAAAAGCCUCAAACUGUACCGAAGUAUAAAAAGCCAAAAAAAAAGUUUACACAAAAUUUUGUAACUGUACAUUUUUUGUACCAGGUUGAGUCAGACGAUCGUUUUUUGCCCCCAGAAGUUAAUCUUCGUUAGGUCGACUUGAAGUGCUUGAAGUCAGAUCCAGGGACUGCGAAACGUAUUUGUAAGAAAGGCCAAAAUGUGAUGAUUUUGAAUCGAAUUCGAAAUUUUCAAAGUGAAAGCCAAAAAAAUUUUGAGGUAAAAUCAUUCGGCAAGCCGGAUGAAAUCUUUUUGUGGGCCAAAGGUUAAGAAUGGCUGAUAUAGAGAGAUUGGUGCAAGUUAUUUUAGCAAAACGACAAUUAAAAAGAUCCAUGGCAUUAGACAUGGUUAGAAUAUCAGUCUUAAUGCAGUAGAGUGUUGUGUCCAACAUAUGUUUUGUAGAUGACAAACUGAGGCACACUGAUUCACUCUGAUUCACUCUUUAACCAGUUGUUCACUCUGAUUUUCAUUUUCUAUUCAGUUUAGUAGUAGCAUACGGAAUAAACGCAUAUUCAAAAAAUGCUAGUUGAGUGCUCUGUUUGUACAAUUCACGAGAAAGCAGUACGUGAAUGGGGAAUUUAAUUAAGUAUUUGAUGUAUCUAUAUGUAAAAAAUCCGUGCCUAAAACUGUUGAAUCCGAGCUAAUGUUAGUUAGAAACCAGGCGUGUAUAUAUUUUGGUAAUGUACGGAACAGUAGUAUAGAUAUUAUGGUGCUCUUUGGAACAGUAGUAUAGAAACCAAUUGAGAUUGGUUAAAAAAAUUAUAUUUUAGUUUCUUAUUUUACAAGUUAAAUAGUUGAAUUUAGGCUGGAAACAGGGAGGUGGUCAUGAACCAGAAUGACAGAGAUUUCUUUAGAUGUUGACAGUAAAAAAAGCAAGGGAAGUACCUUGUCUGACAAGGCUGUCCCAUUAACAAGCAAAAUUUACCUAUUAAAUUGCAAUUGUGGUAUUUCUCCGUCAAUGAGACUAAACCCGUCUUACUAUAUAUAUCUUUUAUCUUUAGAAUUAUGUAAUCAAUAGCUUCUGGAUCUUCAUUUUCCGACAGAGUUCUUUUUUUAACUGUAUCAUCUCUUCAAACAACCUGUUUGUAAACUGCUUUGAAACAGCUAUACACCUGCCAGCUCGUUUCUUCUUUCAAAAUUGCUUUAUUCGUUUGUUUGCUCUGUAGUUUGGUUAAGAUAAGAGGGAAAUAUAAAUCGCUGCACGUGAAGCCCUCAGUUCGUGGAUUUCAGGACAGAAUUGAAGUAGAACCUGGUGUGUAUUACCAUUGAAAACAUGGAUCUUCAAUGCAUACCUAUUGGUUUUGUUGCUGAAAUUACGCCUUCCUUGAAAGCGAACUAUCACGCAUGCUCUAUUGCCACUUUGUUGCUGACCAUUCCAACAGCAUUGCUCAACGUUUCACUAAUCAUUGCAUUGAUAAAGUCCAAUGUCAAGGCGGACCUUUCCUAUAUGUUCCUGUUGAAUCUCGCCGUAACUGAUCUCAUUGGGUCAGUCGUUGUGAUGCCAGCUUUUUUCGUUGCAUUUAAUUUCAUAGCGAAUUCGCGAAAUCCUUGCUAUUUUCUCAAAUUCAUAUCCCCAGUUGCAUACAUUUUAGGACUGGCUUCGUUUGUGACUGUAUUGCUUAUGUCCAUUGAAAGAUACAUCAAGAUAUUCCAUCCGUUUGUUUAUAGCGCAAGCGUGACUCUUCGCAAAACUGCAAUUGCCAUAAUGUUUGCUUGGCUCUAUUCUGCCAUCCCUGUUCUUCAGCUAGCAUUUGAGGAAGAGAAACUUUUGACAAAUGGACUCAUUUUUGUUUCCUUUCUUGUUGGUGCGCCUGCCAAUAUAUAUUGUUAUUUUAGAAUCAUUUGGCAUGCUCGUAGCAUCCGGCGGCAAAUCACCUCAGAAGCUGCUCGAUUCGGACGCACAAGAAUCUCGGUGGGCGAGAAAAAUGUUGCUAAAAUUGGUGGAUUGAUACUUAUUUCUAUAACUGUGUGUUACAUCCCGCUUAUUUUUCUAAGCGUAUUAGCAUCAUUUGAAAUUUAUACACUGGACGACAGUAAACUCUUUUGUUGGGGACUCGCGUUGUCCCAAUCAAAUUGUUUGCUAAACCCCGUUAUUUCAUGCAUUUUCAACCCACUUGUUAAGCAGAAAGUGUUACGAAUGUGGAGAUGCAGAUUUUUCCUGAACAAUACAUAGCAAAAUACUCAAUGAACGACGUUGCGAGCUGAUGCAAGUGUGCAGGGUAAAGUUGGUUCACAUUCUAUUCAUAUUCUUGUGCAAAGGAAGAAAUCUCAUAUUCUCGUAAGAAUGGAUCACGAUCAAGUCGAAUGAUAAUAUUGAUAAUGAAAAAUAGCUAAUGUUUAAAGUGCCUAUGCAGCGAAAUUUGUCAUUCCAAUAUUUUAAAAGAAAUCUAUAGAACCCUUCACCCUUGUUCUUAUACAAAAAAACAGAAUUCCGAUAAGUUAAAUGGUUCUUUUUUAUUGAGUGUCAAAGUAUGCACAUUUUGCAGUUGCAUUGCGAAAUUUUAUUUUCCGUUGUGACGUCACAAUGAUGAGUCGAGGCGAAACCAUUUAGUCAGGCCUGUUAAGUCAGUAAUCCGGUCGAAUUGUGAUACUAGCAUGAAACUUUGCAAUCAGGGGCAGUUCGAUGCGCUGAAAAAGAUAGGAUAUGGACCCCAACUGAAAAUUUCCCCCUUCAACUAUUUUUAACUGGGGUAAUGUGCCCCAAGACUCUAGAGGCGAUAUUACGAUAUCUCUGCUGUAAGUAAGUACAAUAACAUAAAACUUUGUAGCAAAUGACAAUCUGAUUUUAUAUUCAUAUUUCAUAUUUGAUUUGUGUGAGGAGGGUUGCCCUUCAACGGAAGUUGUUUUUCAAGGGGCCCUCCAGUUAAUACUAAUAACAAUAUACAAUUAAAAUACUAGAAAAUAAAAAACCAUAAUAUUAAAAACCUAUUUACAAUUACAUGGUAUUAUAAAAGGAAACUAGUCAACCCUGUGUUGAUUUUUUGAAACCACCCAGGGAGGAUGCCGUCUCGGACGCAGCAGGAAGGCUAUCGCACACUUCAAUUAUAAUUGUGUUCAUAGUUUAGCUCCCCGGAAAGAAAAGCAUUUUUGUCCAUUUGCUGACCUUUUCUUUGGCAACCUUAAAUCAGUCUCAGUGUUUCGGAGGCUGCGGGAGAAGCAUGCUGAGUUUUUGGUGAAGAGGUUAGACAAGUAUGGGGGAGCCUACCCUGGGAACCAGACUCACUAUAUAUAAAAUAAAAUAGAGAUACGCUAAACUUUCCAAAAAGGGGCAGUUUGAUACGCUAAAAAAGAUAGUAUAUGGAACCCGACUGAAAAUUUCCCCCUUGUUCUCUUAGUCUCACUUUGGUACAAUAACAUGAAACUCUGAAACAAAAGACAGUUUGACAGGCAAAAAAGGAUAGGAUAUGGACGCAAAAUAAAAAAUGAACCCAUGUGCUGUUUUUAGACUUGAAUAAAGGAUGUUCAUAAUUUUUUGGGUGGGGCUCCUCAUUCAAGAUGCCAUUGGUGAUAAAUAGAAAACUGCUCGUUUGUCAUGCCAAAAUGAUACGUAACCAAAGACACGCCUUGGGUUUUAACACACAGGCAUAUGUAUGCAACUGUUCUCUAAAUGCAUCCUAAAUUAUUUACAACUCCGUAGUCCGUUGGCAGCAGGGUCCACGCUACGAAUUUGAAAGUUGGGGAGGGGGGGGACAAGGCUAGCAAAAGUACGGGGCCAAGACUUCUUUUCCUUUUCAUGCUGGUAUCACAAUUCGCACACUUCAAUUCUAAUACUGUGCUUAGAGCCCAGGGUAUGACUAUUUGAGGACUGGGUUCCAGUUCCCAAUUCUAAAAAUAGCAUCAAGGGGUACAAUUUUCAUAAAACUGUUUAGUUGUUUAAAAGAGUAGAGAAAGCUACAUUUAAUAUUCAUGUAAAAGAGAGUUAUCAUUGAUAGAAGAAAGUCUAACUAGAGACAUGGGCACCAGUACCUUAUUCUAAAAAUAACACCAAGGGGGAAGUUUCUUUUUCAUUUUCUCUUGAUGUAUUUUAAUAUCUUAUAAUGCACAUACUGAAACUCCUCCCUUUCGCACUUCAUUUAUUCUUUUACCACAAGCUUGGUUGCAGUAUCUUAAAAUAAAUAAUUGUGUCAAUUUAGAAUUUUAAUUGGAUCUGUUCUCUUCUGUUUCGUUGAUCAUAACUCUCUUUGCUUCAGCAGCUAUGUUAUUCCUAUUAGAAAGGAGUUUUUUGAGUUUCUCUGACAUCUUUUGCUAUCCUUUGCAUUUUCAAUUCCAUCUUUUAAAAUGCCCUUUUGUCUUUUUUUCUGGUGUUGUUUGCUUUAUGGUUGAUCUCUAUAAACACUGACCAAACUUCUUUCUUCUUUGUUCUCUUACUUAAUUGCUUUCAUCCUUGCCUUGCUUCUUUUUUCAUAAAAUCAAUGAGCUCAAUAGAGGAAUCAUUGUGUACAGCACCGGUAUCUCUAAUUGUUCCGUUUGGGCCCUGCUUAUCAGCAGCAUAUAAGAUGUUUCAUGUUGAUACUUCAGCACAUUUAUUAACAUCUGAUGUAUGGUGUCAAGGUCAAGGUUUUUUAAAGCUCGUGACUCAGUGAUCCUAGGGGACAGUUUGAUCUUCCCGCUUUUCCUAAUGGCAUAUACCAUAUAAUGGUCACUUGUCGAUCCCUUUAUUACUCCACUUUUUCUGAUGAACUCUUCCUUUGUUGUAAUGAGAUUGUCGAACAGUAAUGCUGUGCUUUCAGUUUCUAAAAUAGGAUCCUUUAUUAGUGACUGCACUGAACAAGGAUUUUUAACUGAUUCUUGGUUAGGGCAAACUUUCUCAGGCAACAUUAGAAAUAUCAUCAAGAGAUAGGUUUUUAAUGAAUGCAAUGUUGCGACUAAAUCUGCCAUUUUCUUUGUACCAGCCUGUCUAGGCUCCAUUUAGGCCCUUCAGCGAUCAGGUAUUUCCCUAGAUAUCCAUUGUUCCUAUAAUUACCACCAGAAACCACUUUAGCAUAAUAUGUUCCGCAGCCCCUCCAAGCUUCUAGUAAUUUGCCAACCAGAACUAUUUCUCAUAUGUUAUGUGUGAUGCAUUGAGUACAUAGUUUGGGACACAAUAUUGAUUUCUGGUUGUGCUUCUGGGCACAUAUUGCCAAGCAUUGUUUAUCACUUAUGUUUUGCUCAUUAUGUUAAAAUUCUUGGCAGUGUUCACUUUAUUAGGAUGAGUUGCUACCUCAGCUAUUUGUAAAAUUUAAAUAAAUACUACUUUUAAUCAGAGAAUCAGAUGCUGUUAGUCCUGCUAAAGAACAGUAGCAAAAAAUGUGAUGUCCAUCACUAGCAUUGGUCUAAAAUGACACUUUUCUAUAUCUUUCAUAGAAUAGCCAACCAAAUUAUUUGGCGCCCAACAAAGGAUUUGAUCGGAUCUGCGAUAGACACUAUCAUAUAGCAUCUACUCUAGAAAACGAGCGUAUUUGGGAUUUGUUGUUAGUACUGCCAACUUGAUAUACUUUGUAUUGAGUCGUAAUUAAUCAAAUUAAGCUCUAUUUAAAAAGAAGCUUGUAGAACAGAUUUGGUUCUUCUUCAAUUGUGAACAAGAUACCAUUAUCUCCAGUUGCAACGCUUCAUGAAGCAAAAAUGGACAGAUUACGUAGCUAAUGGUCGAAAAUACUUUCUAUAGUGACUGGCAUAUCUUAUUUUGAGACUUUAUUUGCAAGAACACAGUACUUGUAUAGGAAACAGCUGUCUUUAUUGACCAGUAUUUCAAGAAUAAUAAAGAGUCGUCUUAAUCAACAUAUACAAUUGCUGAUUGAGAAUACAUGCACUUUUUUAAUUAGAAAAUUCCAAAUGAGAUGCCGCCAACAUCACAAAUUUGCAUGUUUAGAUUUGUAGUGCUGUUAAUACGUUGAAAGCUGUUGACGACAAUAAGUUUUUGUUUAAACAUUGAAAAGCAUAGGUUGAAGACUUUUGAGGUAAGCAAUUAUUUUGUCCUUAAAAGAUAACAAUAGCUGGUAUUAUUUACUUUGGAAGUAAACGAUUUUUCCAGAUCACGAUUCAAUUGGUCGAUGUUGAUUGACAUGUUUAGCUGACCAAUCAUAUUCCGUGCAAGAUUAUAUAUGGUACCCGCGUGAUGGACAUAAAUUUGAUUGCACGAGUUUCUCACAGUCGUUAUCUUUAAUGCCAUAAAUAAAGGUUAAUUUCUACAGAAUCACUGGAACAAAAAUUUGUGAUUCUUUUUAAAUCGUUAUUGCUUUUUAAAAAGCUCUUUUUUCGAUGAUUUGACUGUCAAGAUUACUGCGUUGAUCGCCUUGGCUUUGUUUGUACAAAUACUUGAAUGCACAUAUCGUUGAAAAGACUACCGUGCAACUAUCGGUUCAUCGAUUUCAGAAUACUAUCAAAGCAAAGUGCUAUACUUUGUAUUAUGAUAGAAAACAUGGGUUUUCAAUGUGUAUGGAGUCUUUUCGUUAUCAAAACCACGUCUGCUUUGAAAGCGAACUAUCACGCAUGCUCUAUUGCCACUUUGUUGCUGACCAUUCCAACAGCAUUGCUCAACGUUUCACUAAUCAUUGCAU